AUGUGGUGUUCCAAGAUAAGGCGAGCACUUGCUAAUUCGAGUCCACAAGCAGGAAAUGUGAUACAUCCAUUUCCUUUCAGGCAAACAACACAGUUCCCUGGCAGCACAAAAGCAUUGCUUCUACUGCUAAAUCUCAAACGUUCAGAAACCCAUUGCUCCUCUGUGGACAUACCAUUCUAUAUUUGUUAUUUGGAUGUUAUGGAUAGAAACAGUACUUACUCUCCAAUCACAUGGCCACCAAAGUUUUGGGAGCAGAUAACAAUAGCCUUCACAGUGUCCAUGGUGGUUGGACUGGUGAUUGGAGGGAUCAUUUGGGCCUUGUUCACUUGCUUGUCCCGUCGCAGAGCUAGCGCCCACAUUUCCCAGGGGACCUCCUCAGCCUUCAGCCGUCGGUCCAGACCCUCCUCCCAUGGCCACACUACUGGCAGGACUGGAUUUUACCGCAACAGCAGCUGUGAACGUCGGAGCAACCUCAGCCUCGCCAGCCUCACCUUCCAGCGGCAAGCCUCCUUAGAACAAGCCAACUCUUUCCCCAGGAAGUCAAGCUUCCGUGCAUCCACCUUCCACCCUUUCCUGCAGUGUCCUCCCCUCCCCGUGGAGACGAACAGUCAGCUCAUCACCCUCACUCCCACGAACACCACCACAACCCUUGUGGGAAGCACCACCAACAGCUUAAGUCGACCCGAAUUCCACUGGUCUAACAACAGCCUCCGCAUCUGCCAUUCCACACAAACCCCCCCGCCCGCCUAUGAAACCAUCAUAAAAGCUUUCCCAGACUCCUGAGCUAGGUCCCUGCUGCAAACACACGCGUGCAUUUCAGGAGGAACCUCAAUCAUCUCAACAAUUUUCUGUGCGUGAUGAAGAUCUCUGAGAAGUCUCUGGCUGCCGUUGCUGUGGGGACAUACAUUGCCAAGAGGCAGGUAGCAGCGAUUUCUUAGAGCACAAUAUCCCACCGUCCAAGGGAUCACUUGUCUUUGCACUGCUGGCUCUAAUUUACUGCUCUGCCGUAUGCUUGCAUAUUUAUAGUGUUGUAUCUUUAAUUGUAACCAUUGUAUCUUUAGAGGAAAGAAAAUGCUGCCGUACAAAACCCAGAUCAUUUCUUGAAGAAACAGAUCACGUUAGGGAUUACUGAUAUACACAUUUCUGCAAAUUUCACUAUUCUGUUUCUUUUUAAAAAAAAAAAAGUUCUGGUUUUAUGUAUUUUCCCAAGGAUGUUAAAUUUUCGGAGAACACCUUCCAUUACCCACCUUCUUCCUAUAACCACAGAAACCCUUCUGUCUGAGGAACCUUAGGUGCAGACCUUGUAGAGGAUUUAAUGUCACAGUCCUGGCUGUGGUCAUAGGCAUCCUGUUCUGCUGAUUGUGGAGGAUCUUAAAAGACUCCAUGUUAGGGCUGCUUGUAUAAAAUUCCCCGCUGUGGGAAAAAUGUUAAAGUAUACGAAGCUUCAUGCAAAGAGAAGUUUCAAACAACAUACUAAAUGCAUGGUAACAAUUAUAAAGAAUUUUCUGUCUGCAGCCAGCAGAACAGGUAGUCACAUUUUAAUACCUAGUAAGGCUGUAUGGAGCAGAACUCCUCAUGUUUCAUUUUUCUAGUUCUGGUUAUCAAGAUAAGCAGCAUGAAUGACAACUAUAUUUAAUUAGGUUUCCUGUUUUGCUAUGGGAUUACUCAUUUCCUUAUUUCAAAUUGUUUUUCUCAAAUUGUACCAACAUUUAAUUCUUCCUGGCAAAUUAUUCACUGAAAUCUUGUCUUCCACUAAAGCAAGAUUUUAGACAUCUAUGGCUGAAUACUGGGAUUGUACAAUUAGUUGGAAUAUGAAGAUAAAGAUGGAAUAUUUAGUUGAGGUUAACACAUAUUCUUGACUCAUACAUGUAUCAUGUCAAGCUAACCCCUGGCUUAGUAGAGACUAAUUGCACUGAUGUGAGAAGUCCGGGAUUUGGAAACAGCACAGGCAAAUGGGGCCUGGUUUAAGUCUUAUUGUAUCAGUUUCCUGUUAAAUAUUUCAUGUUCAAAUAAAGGAUAAAGAAUUUCCACAAGUAGAGGAACAGUCCUAGUCCUCACACAUUAACCUUUUUAUCCUAAAAGGGCUGGGCAACUACCAGCCACAGGACUCCUGAUCCUGAGGGGGCUGGUCCUGUGCUCCUGUAGAGAGAACAAGUCCUCAUCUGUCUUCUGGGAGGGACAAGAUUCAGCAGCUUUUGAGAAUGGGCAAAAUGCUUAACAUCUUACUUUCCAGGCUUUUGGACACUGGCAGCAUGCAUCCCUUCGCCAAGCUCAGCAUCCCUCAGGAAGCACUGGCAUUGGUCUCUGAACUGCAAUCUUCCAGCCCAGUAUCACCCCACUUGCAAAUAUUACUACAAACAUUGAGCUUACAAGCGUUACUGUAAACCACAAGUAUUCCGUAUUGUAAAGGCAAAUAAUUUUGCAUAUAUUUACUGACUGGCUUUUAUUGUUUUAUUUUUAGUGUGCAACAGUUUCCCUUCUGGAGACAUAUAUGUCAUUGCUAGAAGAACAACAAUUAACAGAGUUUACAAAGCAUUUCACUGCAGACACUAUGGGUUCCAGUACAUCAAGGACUUGCUGAUAAGACUGCAAAACUGCAUUUGGCUGGUUGCAGGCUACGGACUUAAAACAAUAGUCUUCUGGAGAAAGAAAGUUGUGUUAUUUCAUUCAUUAAUAAUAUUUUUUUCAUUUAGAGUCUUACUGAGUCUGAUGAACUUCAUUGCAUGCACAAGUGUGUUCACAGUGUCCUGUCUCUAGAACAGGUGAUGCUGCCUAUUCUAACAUGCCUACGAAAAGCAGAAUUCAAGCUUGCUCCCUUUGCUUAUUGAGUUUCAUGGACUGUUUGAAGAGACAACUUGGCCUGCAGUGUGUACCCAGCUGGCCAAAACUGCUUGUUCCUUGAGAGUGAAAUCAUUUUAGAUGAGUAAAUUUUUACUCCUGGAUUGUAAUGCACAUUACAGUAGAACUUUCCACAGCAUAUUAUUACUUGUAUUACACUAUAUUUAGUAAACAAUGUAGAAAAGGAAGCUUAAAUGUACUGUAUUUUUUUCCUCCUGAAAUCUGUACUGGAUAUCAAAACAUUUUUUUUAUGUCCCCUGGAUUAGGGAGAUUAAAAACACAGAUUGUUUGGUGCAUAACCAGUAUGGCUGUCAGAUACCUAACUACUAGUUUAAACAAUGUCUGAAUUGAAUGUUUUGCAAGCACUCUGGAAGCUUCAGAAUGUGAAAUAAAGUUAGAUGUUAUAAUCUCAA